AGAGGAAUGUGCUAGGUCUGGAAAUCAGUAUGGAGGCCUCAGCCGCCGCGCCUCUCCGCGGUCGCCGGGCCUGCGGGGUGGGCCGGCGCGCCGGACGUGCGGUCUGCUGAGCUCCGUGCGGCUUGCGGGCCCGUGGCGCGGGACAUGCUGGCCUGGCGCCUGGCGCGCGGCUCGUGGGGGUCGCUGCGCGCGGCCGCGCGGGCGCCAUGGGCGCGGCCGGGCCGGGGGCGCGGCCGCGGGGCGCUGCUGCCGCCCGCCGCCUGCUGCCUGGGCUGCCUGGCCGAGCGCCGCUGGCUGCGCCCGGCCUCGCUCGGCCUGCGGCUGCCGUGGCCCGCUCCGCGGAGCCACUGCUCGGGCGCCGGGAAGGCGGCGUCGGAGCCUGCGGCCGGAGGCGCCGCCGCCGAGCCCGCGAGGGGCCGCUGGGGCCCGUCGAGCACCGCCAGCUUGUAUGAAAAUCCAUGGACAAUCCCAAACAUGUUGUCAAUGACAAGAAUUGGCCUGGCCCCAGUUUUGGGCUAUUUGAUUCUUGAAGAAGAUUUCAAUGUUGCCCUAGGAGUUUUUGCUUUAGCUGGGCUAACUGAUUUGUUGGAUGGAUUUAUUGCUCGAAACUGGGCCAAUCAAAAAUCAGCUUUGGGAAGUGCUCUUGAUCCACUUGCUGAUAAAAUACUUAUCAGUAUCUUAUAUGUUAGCUUGACCUAUGCAGACCUUAUUCCAGUUCCACUUACUUACAUGAUAAUUUCAAGAGAUGUAAUGUUGAUUGCUGCUGUUUUUUAUGUCAGAUACCGAACUCUUCCAACACCCAGAACACUAGCUAAGUAUUUCAAUCCUUGUUAUGCUACUGCUAGGUUAAAACCAACGUUCAUCAGCAAGGUAAAUACAGCAGUUCAGUUAAUCUUGGUGGCAGCUUCUUUGGCAGCUCCAGUUUUCAAUUAUGCUGACAGCAUUUAUCUUCAGAUAUUGUGGUGCUGUACAGCUUUCACCACAGCUGCAUCUGGUUAUAGCUACUAUCAUUAUGGUCGGAAAACUGUUCAGGUGAUAAAAGGCACAUGAAAAUCACCCACCAGCAUCAGCAAGGAAGCAGUGUACAUCAUCGGCAGCAGCCCCAGUGGAAAUCUACAGGAGUUACCCUGUUUUGGUGUUCAGCUUGAAAAGGGACUUGUCAGAACAAACCAUGUCAUCAAAAUUGAAGUAGUGUACAUUGAAAAUAAGCUUGAUCAUGGGCAUGUGCAGAAUUUCCAGUGUAUUUUUAAAUACAAAUAAAACUGUAAUUUAGAAUUUUUAA